AUGGUGGAAGCCGAGCUAUGGGAGCAACCUACGGGACCCGACACCGAGCAUGGCACUAUCCACGCAUUCGGGAUGCGAGGCGAGCAUUACCACUGGCCAGCAAACGGCGCCCAGGGCCCGUUCUACGUGGUAACUGCCGGCUCGGCUGUCGGUAUAUUCACAAAUCGUUCAUUGGUGACGACUAUCACUAGUUUUACUGUGUCAUACCAUUCCGUUCACUAUGAUUUCAAAGAGGCUUACGACGUUUGGCACGCCGCCUUGGCUGGGAGCACCGUUACGGUCAUAUACUAG